AUGAGUAGCCCUCGGAGGAGGAUCGAAACUGAUGUGAUGAAGCAGGAGUUUUAUGUGCGGUUCAAGGGGCCGACGGAGACUCCCUUCGAAGGUGGGAUCUGGAAAGUGAGCGUUGAGCUGCCAGAUGCAUACCCGUAUAAGUCCCCAAGUAUCCGAUUCGCAAACCGCAUAUUCCAUCCGAAUAUCGACGAGCUUUCUGGCUCCGUCUGCCUCGAUGUCAUCAACCAGACGUGGUCUCCCAUGUUUGACAUGAUCAAUAUUUUCGAAGUCUUCCUCCCCCAACUACUGCGAUAUCCGAACCCGACCGACCCGCUGAACGGCGAAGCCGCCGCGCUUCUCAUUCGAGAACCGAAGAGCUACGAUGCCAAGGUCAAGGGUAAGAUGUCCCGCAAAAGUGCCGAUCUUGGCCUUUCAAGGAGGGUUUCCCGCUCAAUGCUAACCGUUUUGCCAGAGUAUGUUUCAAAGUACGCUUCUAAGGAGGCCGUCGACGAAGCAGGGGCGGAAAGCGAAGACGAUGACGACCUAUCCUCCGUCGCUAGCUUUGGUGACGAUGACGACGAACCUGCAGGGCAGAUGGACGACGUUUAG